CAGGAAGCGCUCGUCCAGAAUUCACCAGCAAGAUGAGGGUUGCAGCCGUGUUAUCCGUCUUCGCUGCUCUCUUUGCCUCCUCCACAGCUCAAAAAUCCACAACGCAGACUCCGUGCGGACGCCUCAGCUUACCAAAUGGCAUUGUCAGAGUGAAGUUCAGAGGUGCCCAAGUUAACUUGAAAUGCAACCCUUUUUAUCAUUUGCUGGGUCCCAAAGUAAUAUUAUGCGUCAAUAGAAAGUUUUUGCCAACCCUAACUGAGCCACCAAUGUGUAUCAGGCCAGGUUGUCGAUAUCCUGAUCCAAUAGAGAACGGUUACAUGAAAAGCGAACUGAGCGGCAGCAAAUUACUUAUUUUCUGCAACGAGGGUUUUGAAACGCACGAGUUUCCAAUAUUGGUGUGCAACGGCCUUAGGUGGAACUCCACCGUUCCACAAUGCUAUCCCAAAAAUCCGUCUCUUCUUUGUGAUCUCAACUCGGAUGAACUUUGCGGUUGGGAACAGGGCGUCGAAGAGCCUGACGACUGGACACUUCAAAGCCAAGCCAAUCCAUUCCGGAAAGAUGGCACGGGCCCUGCUGGCGAUGACUCGGAAAGUGGAAAAGGGAAAUAUUUGUAUUUGGACAACAGCGUGUCAUCCUCAUUAGCGCGCAUUUACUCUCCAGUUUACGCUCCGAGCACCGAAAACUGCCUUUCGUUUUCGUAUCACAUGUUUGGCAGCGACAAAUUAGGUGCCAUUCGCGUUUACGUCGUCAAUGCAAGCAAAGAGGUUUUAAACUCAACCAUAGCUGACGGCGCCGAACAGGGCGACCAAGGCGACGCGUGGCGCAAAUUCUACCACUCAUUCACCACCGAAAAAUCUUUCCAGUGGGUGAUUGAAGCCGAAAUACCAAGUGGUGACGUCAGUGUCAUUGCAAUUGACAAUUUGCAACUGGAAAACUCUCCAUGUCCAAAUGCGCCGUUCAAGAAUAGCACUUCCAUUCCAAGCUGCAAAUUCCGUUGUGUGACUGGAAGUGAGACCAAUUUGGGUUCCGACGACUGUAGUUGCGCUUUAAUGUGCGAAAUAACAGGAAACUGCUGUUCUGAUUUUAAGAAAUAUUGCCAAAUCGAAACUCCAACUACCGAGAUGGAUAAUGAAGUCGUGCCAACCAGCACUUUGAAAACCACUUUGUCGACAACUCCAAGAGCCACAUUAAAAACCGUCGCUACUUCUCCCAGCACGGUAGUGACCACCCAAAAAACAAGGGCAACGACCUCAACCACCACGCGCCCCACAACCACCUCAACGCCCAGCACUACAAGGAUUACUACUUCUACCACCGCUAAGAAAACCACCCUCACUGCCAGGACCAACCCUCCCAGACUCAAAACCACCCCUGGUUUGGUUACAACCCUCAAGGCGCUGACCACGACCGUUAAAGUCACUUCGCAGACAACCAGUCUUUCCAGCACCACGCUCAAAGUAGUCCAAAUUACUGUGCCUCAGGAAUCCCCAGGAGGUUAUGAUUAUCAAACUGGACCCUCUUCUGGGUCGAUGUUGGUCACCCUUCUCGCGUGCAUUGUUGGAGUGUCCGUUGUGCUGGUCGUAGUCGGGUUGAUUGCCAGUUUGAUGCGGAGACGAAUGCUGCGGACGGGAGGCAACUCGGCCGACCAGGAGGUGGUGUUUCUGACGCAGGACGCUGACGAGCCGCACCUCGACUUCAACCUGGCCACCCCGGACAACGUCAAAACCUUCACAGACCAUCAAAGGCUGUGAAAAAAGAUCGACCUCAUAACAGCACAUUCUGAAAUAAAUCUCUGCACCAUUUUUGGCUGUGUAUAAUAAAACAUUAAUUUGCCACAUUUUCAAAUUCCAUAUUUCAUUUGUAUUAAAAAUGGUGCAGAAAUUCAAGGACUUACAAUUAGAUUAGGCAAAAAGUAGAACUAAUUGUGCUUUUUAUAAGCUACUUUUUAUUAAAUUGAAGAAAAAAUUUGAAAUAAAUAUAAUUUUUUUAUGCUAUUUAAAAAUUUAAUUGUUGCAUUUUUUUUUUAAAUAAUUUCCUUGAAUUCAUCUUCUACAAAAAGAUAAUUAUUUUCACUUAUAUUCCUCAAAUCAUCUAAUUAAAAAUAUUUUAACAUAAAUUCAUUUCAAUAACUUGGGGUGGUGGAUUUAAAAGAGAAGCAGGAUAAUUUUGUUUUUCAGGUGCUCACCGCACUUUAAUUAUGUAAUUAUACUCAUAGUUUUCACAAAUUUCUGCUUUCAAAUAAGAGUUGCAUCUUACACUUUAAGGAUAUACAGCUGGGCUUACAACUGUUGUCAAACUUGCUUUCUGGAUGCUUUUUUGUCGAGUGAAAACGUUUCACUGCAAAACGGUUCUUUUUUUAAACUAACUGCGAUUAAAAUUUUAAAUGCACUUUCUUCGCGUUUACAGUAAUUGCGUACUUUUGUGUUUCGCAUGCUUCGCAAGACGCAAUCGAUAUAUAACUCUGUCUGUGUGUGCUUUUAAAAAUAGCAGCGCAUCAAAUUUCAACUCAUUUUGGUUAAAAAGUUGUCACAUCUCAUGUACAUUUUAUUAUAAUGGUCUCUCUCUCGUAUCGGUUGUUUGUGUUUGUAGUGUGUGUGUGCGAUGAUAUUGUAAUAUUUUGUAAUAAAAAAAAAAAAAAAAUGUGAACGUUUUAAUCCAAAAAAGCCAUCCGCAAAAGAGACGUGUGGGAGGGGAAAUA